AUGGCCUACAGGAUAUUAGCCUGGUUUAGCCUAAUUUCUGUAAUUACAAUAGCCUUAUUAGGCUUUAGUUUGUACUUAGCCUUACUUACAUUUUUCAUAUUUUUUAUAGCUGGAGUCUUGACUAUCUUACACUUGAGUUUUGAUAGUAGGAAGAUAUUUUCUGCAGAUAUUGACUGUUUGGAUGAUCCAUUACAGCAGACAAACUUUUCUAUACAGUCACCAAAGAUACUGCAGCUAUUUAAAAAUGAUAACCCUCCACCAAAAUUCGACAGCAGAAUUACAGGCAGCGAGACUGUUGACUCAUUUCUUAAUGAGAUCAUUACCAUCAUUAUUAAUGACUAUGUGACACCAUGGUAUGAAGUACUAACUGAUGAUCAAGAGUUUACAAAUCACGCUAUAAAACGAACUGUGGUAAUGACUAGUGCUAAUGUUACUAAUAGAAUUAAAUUGGUUGACUGGAUUUAUUUAUUAUCUACAAAGUUUCCAGAAGAAUUAACAACACACUUAAAAUUAUUUAAGCAAUCUAGGGUAAAGUUGAAACAUUUACAAUUACUUAGUGCCAAAGAGGUUGCCAAUGGGACGUCAAAAUUAAGUCCUAAGAAACAAGAUGAUAAGAGGGCUCAUAGACGAAACAAGAGUGAUACAGAUCUGUCGUGGGCUCCAGAUACACAGACAUUUGGAAAAUCUAAAUUUUACGGUAGUUCAGAAAAUAUAGGUAGUAACAAUUUGAAGGAUCUGUUCUUUGAUCUAGAGUGCGCCAUGGAGAAUAAACAACAGUGCAGAGAUACAUUCUGCAUGGACCCUGAGAAGGAAUAUGCGUUACUAUGUGAAGUAUCAGAAGCCAUAUUGUAUUUAGUUGCGCCUGAGGAGGCCUGGAAUUGUCACGCAUUGAAACUUAUUAUAAUUGAGCUAUUAUCGGCGAUCGUCUUAAAGCCAAUUUUUAAUUUAUUGAGUGAUCCAGACACCAUUAACCGAGCGAUUAUAAGAACAUGUUGCCGUGAUUCAUGUCUGUCAUCAGAGCUGUUCCUACUCGUUAUAAGAACGUGUGCAGAUGCUGAAGAACUGGAUGCCACACUGGAAUUGGUUCAGAAGGAUAUACAGAAACUCCAUUCCAAAGAUAGCGCUGGCGAAUGGGAAUUACAAGAUCGCCAGAAGCUGUCAUCAUUGCAAUACUUAGCAAGAAUAAUUCAGGCACGAAGAGCCACAUUGGGACCUCAAGAAGGAACCGGAGCCGCUGCAAGCACGGAGAAAGUUUCGGAGGAAGUUCUUAGAUCUUUGAAAUUUUUGCGAGCUACAGCAGCUUGGAGGUCCAAUGCCCAGUAUCUGUUGGAGAUAGAGAUGAACGAGGCUGACGUCCCUCAUACAUCCAAAGCGGUCAUAGACAACCUUCGCUCGUCAGCUCUGGAGCUCUGCGAUCUGUAUCUAGCCCCCAACCGUCAAGUGAUGGGCCUCCCGGAGAACUGUCACGCGGAAAUGGUGCGCAAGAUUACCACGGAGGGCGAAGAGUUCACUAACAACCCGCUAUCGUGUUUCGAUGAUGUGCAAAAGUGUGUCUGUAAUGCGUUGGAGGAUGACCCCACCUGGCAAGCUGAUUUUAUGUUGGACCCCGAACAAGACACAUCGGAUAGGAAUAGCGACUUCAGAAAGGAGCCAAAAAUCGAAGGCAAAAGAUAUGGAGGUGAUGUGGUAUUGCCCGUACCUGGGUCGAGGCAUAACAGAUCGCGGUCAGACAUUGUAGGCAAUUUCGCUCACAAAAUGCUCAACGAGAGCGUAGCCGUAGGAUCUUCCAAUUUAGCGUCGAGUAAUUCGAGUAAUUUGUCUCUGUCACACACGGAGAUAAGUGGGCGAGCGAAAAACUACUUGUCGCCGCUGUCCGCUUAUAUUAUUGAGACUGCUUUAGUACAAGACAAAGGGAGGACCUUUGGGAUAUACGCGAUAGCAGUGACCAGAGCUUCGGAUAACGAAGUGUGGCACAUCUACAGGCGGUAUAGCGAUUUCUAUGAAUUGCAUUCUGCUGUUAAAGAUAAAUGGCCCGAGCUGGGGAACCUACCCUUUCCAGCGAAGAAGACAUUUCAGAACACAUCUCGAACGGUCCUGGAGAGCCGGAAACGGAUGCUCAACAGCUACCUACAGCAUCUGACAAGUAUUUCACGCGACGCAAGGUACAUGGCGCUACUAUCGCCCGCCUAUCUGGGUGGCUUUCUAAGUCCUGAAAUACAGACCGAGAGACAUGGCAACACCAUUGACGCUCUUCUUGUGAAUUCAAUAAAGGCUGGAAUGAGGACUCUAAAAAGUAUGCCCGAUCAAUUCGCAAACACAGUUGACGGUGUUAUGGAUGGCAUAUCCAAGGUGUUCCAAGGGAAAAGUGGGGAGAAUGACUACGACAGUAUUAAGAGGGAUCCCACUUCUGAAGGACCAGAUGAAGGAGAUGAAAGCAUACCGCUAAAACUGUUGGAAGAAGUUCUUGGUAUUCGUGGUCUUUGGCUGAGGCGAAGAUUGCUGGCUCCCAUUAGAACUCUUAUCGCAGAUAGAGUUAACAAAAAAGUGUUAGAAUUGGUCGCGUCAUUAACGUCGCCACGUAACGUCGUCCAGUAUUUAAAAUCAUUCAAACAAUGGUUGACAACUCGCAACAAUCCCAGUUCUUCAAGUAGAGAUGCUGCGACUAAAGCGAGGACAAGAGUUGCAGCGAAAGUUGCGCUGCUCGCUGCUGCUCCAGACGACCUAAAACACAUAGUGGGGACUGACGCAGCACGCAGGGGCUUACUCACUGUCUUUGAUUUAUUCCAAACUCAAGAAAUUAACAGGCGAUUACUUUUUGUACUAUUAGAAGUGACACUAUGCAACCUGUUUCCCGAUAACAACAUUCAGGAGCUAUUCAAGAAGUUGUACACUAAUUCACCCAGAGUCUCAGCCACCAAGAAAUCCGUUAACACAAACACGAUGUGA